AAUGGGUUCUUGUUCUGACUAUUUGAUCUCACGUUUGAUAAAUCUGCUCUCAAAUGUACCUUAUCUUAAUCAGACUAUCGAGUUGCCAUUUUGUAAUAACACUAAUGCGGGUUCAAACCAUAAAAACAUACAACUUCGAGCGAUAAGCUUGUUUGGAUUAACUUAAAGCUAUAACAUAACAACUAUAUUUAAUAUUACUCUUUUAGCCUCUGAGCUUCAAAAUUUCGAUCAAAAAUUUACGGCCGAAAGUUACAAAAUCUCCUUAACUUAAAAAAUUUGUAUUUUGUCUGAACAGACGGGCAGCCAUGUUUCCCUCAUUCUCUCAAUCGCAGUGUGGAUUUUGUGGGGAUCUUUGUGACCGAUUGGUUUCCUUCUACACGCCAUUGAUUCUUAUCGCAGUUGCAGUUAUCGUGGAAGGUCAAAUGCUUUUCGGUGAGCCAGCGACUUGUUUCACUACCACUGAAAUGAACUCGAAACAGGCAGAGUACGUGUCUGAGUAUUGUGCCGCCGCUGACUCUCAUUACACAUCAAUUGACUCCCUCGACUCAGGCGAAGAUGAACUUGAAACAGUUGAAAACCUGACCAAAAACGCACCGUUCUUUUUUCUUCUGGCUGCCCUCCUUCUGUACUACCCAUUUGCCGAGUGGAAGACGAUCUCCAGAUGUCUGGGCAUGGAUCUGGACUCCCUGAGGAAAACAGUGGAGAACCCAGUGUUGUCUUCCAGUGGACAAUGUGUGGAAAAGGUGGCAACCGUGGCUGCAAACCAGAUGGAAAACUACCUGCAAGUGAAGAGAAACAAAACUCCGGGCUGUUCUCCGUUCUUAUCCUGUCUCACCUGUCGAUGUCUGGUCUCGAUCAGUUACCUGUACCUCAAAGUGCAAUACCUGUUGGCCAUUGCCUUCUCCGCACUCCUGUUCACCUUCUGUGUCAACCCCUCCUUCUACUACAUGGGGGUGCCGAUGGUGAUGCAGUACCUGGACAAGUGCUGUCCUGAAAUAGUAGAGUUGAUGGGAGGGUACUCCGAGUUCACUUAUUCUGGAGUUGUGAUUUGUGACGUGGAAAUCAGCAAACUCGGAAUGAAACACAAAUAUACAAUUCAGUGUCUUCUAAACAGCAGAGAUUUGGUUCAAAAGAUUCUGAUUGCAGUCUGGUUUUGGUUUGUCCUAAUAACAAUCCUAACAAUCUUCAACUUCAUUAGCUGGAUUUUCCGAGUUACUUGCUGUUCGUACCAGACUGCCUACGUCAUCAACUCCGACUCGGAUCAGAAGAUUAACCAAUUUUUGGGCAAUGAGUUGAAACUGGAUGGACGAUUUUUAGUGCGGUUAUUUUCAGCUACUACCAACCCAGUGAUGGUCUCCGAAAUGGUGAAUGAAAUGUUCGCCAGGGCUGAGCAAGAAAACGAAGCAGAUGGCAACCCGACUGGUUUGGACGUGGGCAGCUUUGCACACCCCUCGGGUGCGGUGGGGGGAUACAUGAGCAUUAACUCGGACAGUUCAAAGCCACAACAGGUGCUGCCACCUCAAGUAUGGGGCUACAACAGUGAGGGGACGGAAGCAUACGAACUGAAGGCGCAGAGGUCGAGCGAACACUAAAAACUGAAGCAAAUAUCUAACUCUCAAUGGACAGUCUUUUGCCAUCUAUAUUUAAUCAAUAUGAUUGUGAAAAUAGCAAUCUUGAAAAUAAUUUUCUUCAGAACUAAAUGGAAUUUCAGAAAUUACUUGUACAGUAAUUUUUGAUUCUACCUGUUUCUAAAAUUUACCAGAAUAAACCACUUUGAACCGAUU